AUGAGCGAAACACGACUCAGAAGGCUGGCUACCGAGCCUCUUAAGGCAAAUUAUAUACCUAGCCUUCGACAGGCAACACCGCAGGUUCUGUGGAUUGGAUGCUCUGAUAGUGAUUCCAAAGAAUGCACCAUGCUUAAUAUUCUUGAUGACGAAUUGCUGGUGCUCAGAAAUAUCGGCAAUAUGAUCAUUGAUGGCGACCUGUCCUGCGAUACUACUAUAAGACAUGCCGUCGUUGACCUUCAGGUUGUGGCCCUAAAUCUAUUGCUAGUUCGUUUGUCUUACCUUGUCUAG